CUUACACUCGAGCGGUUUGAUCGCGUCGCUCUCAUCGUUAACACUAGUGAGCACGAGGAAAAGGACAAUGAAACAUAACGUUAUGACGAGGGUAAUCCCCGUGGCAAUUCUGCUGUUAUUGAUAACACUAGAGGGAGAUUACGGCGCAGCAGCCAAUACUGUUUCAUGUGGACAGAGACAGCUCACUGCUCAAGGAUAUAUCUUUGGCGGUAAAGCGGCAUUGGAAGCAAACUGGCCCUGGCAUGCAGCAAUUUAUAGGAAGCUUGCCAAAGGUGAAGAGUACAUAUGCGGUGGAACAAUUAUCAGUGAAAAUUUUGUGUUGACGGCAGCGCAUUGCACCGUUUCGUUUCGAUCACCAUUGAGCGCAGAUAACUUCCUUGUGAAACUUGGUCUUCACAACAGAAGCUAUCCAACCGAAAAUACUGUGAUAUAUGAAGUAGUAGAAGUGAUCCGCCACGAUGCGUUCAGUUCAAACAAUUUACAAAAUGACAUCGCUCUAUUGAGAACUGAGGAAGAUAUAACGUAUUCUGACUAUAUUCAACCGGUCUGCUUGUGGCCAGUUGAAAAAUCGGAUCUAAACUCGGUGCUUAACACCCCAGGAGCGGUCGUUGGCUGGGGUUUGGGUGAUGCGUACAAACCAGAAGAAAUUCUCCAGGAAGCCGAACUUUCGGUAGUAGAUUACGCAACCUGUUUGAAAAGUAAACCGGAACACUUCAGUAAGCUGUUAUCGAAGGAAAAGAGUAAUUAUUGCGCUGGCAAUCAAAAUAUGACAAACGUUUGCGAUGGUGACAGUGGUGGAGGAAUGUAUUUUAUUAUAGAUAACGCCUGGUACAUACGGGGUCUCGUGAGCGCUGGAGUCCGAUCGGAAAGAAAAGGACGUUGCGAUCCGCGGCAAUUCGUUACUUUCAGCGAUAUUCCGUACUACCUGAAGUGGCUGACUAAGCAUCAGGAGCAUGCGAAAAAACGUAAUCUACUCAAUUUGGGUAACUGCGGUUUGGAUGUUCACAACAGCACGGUGGAGGAAACUGCUAAACCCCUCUUUUUGCAAUACCCCUGGACGGCCAUGCUUGAAUUUCAAGUACAGGGAACUCCAACUAUUCAAACGAUAUGUAAUGGGGCGCUUAUCCAUCCACGGUUUGUUGUAACUGCGGGCCACUGCGUCGAAGGAUCAGUUAGAAGGCUUAAACUCAAAUCUGUUCGUUUGGGAGAAUACAAUCUGAAAACGAGUCCUGAUAAAGGAAAAUCUGCCGAUGGCGAAACGUUAUCUACAACGAUUCAGUCUAUCGACAUCGAAAAAGUCUUCAGACAUCCUCAGUUCAACACGCCGCGGUACGACAACAACAUCGCACUCCUGAAGUUAAAAUAUCCGGCCGAUACUAGCAGACCCAAUGUAAAACCAAUUUGCCUUCCAACGCUGGAAGAUUACAAUGAACUUUACACCAUUUCCGGGUGGCGCCGAGUUGGGUUACAAACGCACAUUCAAGUGCGCGAUAUGGUCAUUCUGGAAGAUGCGGAAAAAUGUAAAGAUAUCUACAAAGAAAUGAAAAUCAAUCUGAAUCCUGAAAGUAGUCAGCUUUGUGGUACGUACUACCAUAAAAGUAUGAAAGAUUGUUUUCAUUUUAUGAGUGGAGCCCCACUUCAGUAUGUUAAAAAUGCCGACCGCAGGAAUCGUUACUUCCUGAAGGGAACUUUUGCAUUCGGUUAUCCCAAAUGUCAGCAGAACUAUACUGACGUGUUUACAAAUAUUAACGCGUACUUGCAAUGGAUUGCGAGUACUGUGAAUGGAGAAGUGUAGUAGUAAUUGUGAAGAAUCCUCUUUCCUGUUUUAGUGUUUUUAAUAUUAAGUGUCCUGAAAGGGGUCGUUCUGGUAAGCUUUCUGGAAAUAAUAAAACCGCGC